CCCUUGUCAAACCUAGCUAGCCUUAUAUCCACUUUGGUAGAAGCGGUUCCGAUUAGCUUAGCUGCUAAAAAGCUUUAUAUUGGAAAGAUGGCGUCGGUUAACCCGUUUAAUAUCAGCGACUCCGAUGAAGAGGCUGAACGGCGUCCGAAUGAAACGGUUGACACAGAGAGGAGCCCAAGCGAGGGAGCGCCAGGGCCGCCACCAGGCAAUCCUUUCUCCCCGUCUGCAGACGGCGAGCCUCCGACACUUCUGCUGUCAAGCAACCGAACGAGCCCCAGCGGUGAGGGCAUCUCGUUAUCGGCCGCUGCAACCUCCGCGAUGGCAAGCAGCGCCGAGACACGGGUGUCGGUGGAUGUCAUUGCUGCUCAGCUAAUACGGGACCAAUACAUCCUCACGGCCCUGGAGUUUCACACUGAACUGUUGGAAACAGGCAGAGAGCUCCCGAGGCUGAGGGAUUAUUUCUCCAACCCGGGCAACUUCGAGCGACAGAGCGGCACUCCGCCUGCCAAAGAUCAGGUCCUUGGACCUGGUGGACCGCUGAAUCGUGCAGGCAGCAUUAGCACCUUGGACUCGUUAGACUUUGCCCGUUACUCUGAUGAUGGAAACCGAGAGUCGGACGAGCGCGUAGCAGUGCUGGAGUUUGAGCUACGGAAAGCAAAGGAGACCAUUCAGGCUCUGCGCGCCAACUUGACUCAGGCAGCAGAGAGUGAAGUGCCUUCUCAGGAGAGAAAAAACUUCAAGACAAGUCCUGAAAUUCAGGAGCCUAUACGUCCACUGGAGAAAAGAGCCUUAAACUUCCUUGUGAAUGAGUAUUUAUUAAAAAACGAAAACAAACUGUCAUCCAUCACCUUCUCUGAUGAAAACGAUGACCAGGAUUUUGAGUUGUGGGAUGAUGUCGGCCUCAACACCCCCAAACCCCCUGACCUAUUACAGCUCUACAGGAACUGUGGCACCCCCCUCUCGUCGCCUCGGAGCAUGGUUGAUGUGGCAGUAGGGGUGGAUUUAGGUGAUCUUCCAGGAAACUGCAUCAUCCAAGAUCCUCAUAGGAAGCCUGACCUCUCACAACAAGUAUGUUCUCAACAGACUGAAGUAGUGCAAGAGUUGGAAUACCAGAUCAGCCUCCUUAACAACGAGAAGCAGAGCCUCGCUGAGCAAAUCAAGAAACUGCAGAGUGAAAUUCAAACACUGAAGAGAACGGUUUCCUCCACUCCUCCAACCUCUCUGGACCUGAUGCCCCAGAAUACAUCUAAACCUGCCUUCUCUUCCACCAGCACUACCACCACUAUUUCUUCCACUGACCCUCUCUCCAUGUCUUACCCUCAGCCUCCGACAGAUAAUGGCCAGUAUCUGGACAUUCGAGGGGUUUCAGAGCCUGAAAGUGGUCCGAAACCGCCCUCUACUCAGAACACGUCACAGACAUGUCCGCAGUCCCGCAACGAGGUUAAGAGCAGGGCUCCUGUCAAGUUUGACAAACCCAACAGGAACUUAUCUCCAGUUUUCCAGCAAGCACUACUGUCCUUCUGCAGAAUGUGCUCCGACAGCCGCCUGGGAGCAGAGGUGUCCCGUAUAGCAGACAGUGAGGAGAGUGUGAUGUUAAUGCUGGGCCGCUGCCUCCCUCACAUCGUCCCCAACGUCCUCCUUGCUAAACGAGAGAGAAUGGUUGCACAUCUUUGCCAGGAGUUGAUUCCACUCAUCUUAUGUACUGCCUGCCUUCACCCAGAACCUAAAGAAAGAGACCAGCUCCUUCACAUCCUCUUUAACUUAAUCAAGAGACCAGAUGAUGAGCAAAGACAAAUGAUCUUGACGGGAUGUGUCGCAUUUGCGAGGCACGUGGGUCCAACCCGUGUCGAGGCCGAACUACUUCCUCAGUGCUGGGAACAGAUUAACCACAAAUAUCCAGAGAGGAGAUUGUUGGUGGCGGAGUCCUGUGGAGCCUUAGCACCAUACCUGCCUAAAGAGAUCCGUAGCUCCCUGGUGUUGUCCAUGUUGCAGCAGAUGCUCACUGAAGAUAAGGCGGAUAUGGUCAGAGAAGCUGUGGUCAAGAGCCUGGGCAUUAUUAUGGGUUAUAUAGAUGACCCUGACAAGUACUCCCAGGGAUUUGAGCUGAUGCUGCUGUCUCUUGCGGAUCCAUCAGAGCGGGUGGUCAGUGCAGUCCAUCAGGUCUUUAUUCCUGCCUUUGCCGCUUGGACCACGGAGCUUGGCACCCUACAAACUUCACUCAUCCCUUCUCUUUUAGCACGUAUAGAGAAACUACUUAAGCAAGGAGAACACAGUCUAGAUGAACACAAAUUACACGUAUUCCUGUCGGCCCUGCAGUCUCUCAUCCCUCCUCUGUUUGCCGUGGUGCUGCAGAAUGCACCGUUCACCAGCAGAGCCAAAGCCCACGGAGACAUUCCUGCAAUAGAGGUGACACGGUUUCCCAGACCAGCGUCUCCCCUGCAGGAUGUAGCCACCAUCAUCGGCAGCAGAGAAAUGCUGAGUGCGCUCCUGCUCCUCUAUGACCAUCAGCUGGAGCACGAAGGCACCACUGGCUGGGAGAGCCUGUUAUGGGUGGUCAAUCAGCUCCUUCCAACACUCAUAGAUAUUGUGGGCCGGAUCAAUGUAACGUCAUCCACCUGCGUCCACGAGUUCUCUCGCUUCUUCUGGAGGUUCUGUCGCACUUUCGGCAAAAUCUUUACCAACACUAAGGUUAAACCACAGUUCCAGGAGAUUCUCCGGCUAUCUGAAGAAAAUGUCGAUGCUUCAGCGGGGAAUGGUAUUCUCACCAAAGCCACAGUCCCCAUUUAUGCCACUGGAGUAUUGACAUGCUAUAACCAGGAGGAGGAUCGUAAGUUGUUGGUGGGUUUCCUAGAGGAUGUUAUGACAACCCUGUCACUGUCCCAUGCUCCCCUCGACAGCCUGAAGGCCUCCUUUGUAGAGCUUGGUGCCAACCCAGUGUACCACGAAUUGCUGCUGACUGUUCUGUGGUAUGGGGUGGUCCAUACCUCGGCACUGGUCCGGUGUACAGCAGCGCGGAUGUUUGAGUUGGUUCUCCGAGGCAUGAGUGAAGCAUUAGUAGAUCGCCGGGCGGCUCCAGCCCUUAUAACUCUGUGCAGUGGCCCCGAAUUCUCAGUGAGGAUAUCCACUAUUCCUGCCUUUGGUACCAUCAUGGAGACGGUCACGCAAAAAGAGCUGUUGGAGCGUGUGAAGAUGCAGCUGGCAUCAUUCCUCGAGGACCCGCAGUACCAGGAUCAGCACUCCUUACACAUGGAAAUCAUCAGGACGUUUGGAAGAGUCGGGCCCAAUGCUGAGCCACGCUUUAGAGACGACUUUGUUCUGCCACAUCUUCACAAACUGGCACUAGCCAACAACAGCCAGCAAGUGGAGACCAAGAGAAUCGACAUUGCCACACAGCUGUUUGAGGCCUACAGUGCACUCUCCUGCUGCUUCAUUUCUGAGGAGGUGAUGAUCAACCACUUCCUCCCUGGCCUCAGAUGUCUCCGCACCGACAUGGAGCAACUCUCUCCUGAGCACGAGGUGAUUCUGAGCUCUAUGGUCAAAGAGUGUGAAAUCAAGGUGGAAAACAGGGGAAUGGCGGACGCGCAGGGGUCCAUGUCUAUUGCCUCUAGUUUGGUGGGCGAGGAUGCCAAGACCAAGUUCCUAAGUAAGAUGGGUCAGCUGACCACCUCAGGCGCCAUGCUGGCCAAUGUCUUCCAGAGAAAAAAGUGAUCGCGACGGCCGACCGACCGAUCGACCACCACUACACUAAACUGACGAAGCCCUGCCGUCUGUGGGAACAUUUCAUUUUCCUGAACAAAGCACUGGUUCAGCUUAAAGAACUUAUUGGUCGAGUAUCUUGCUUGUUCUCUUUCAAGAAACGAAGGUUUGCAGAAACUUGUGUCGUUUGAAAAUCUCCGGCGCGGUAGGAUGACCUGCGAUUUAAAGGUAAAGAGCAGUGUUUUUUUGCGGUGAAAGGCUGAGGUUUUUUUCCCCCUACCUCCUCUGCUCAUUCAUCACGUCUUCAUUCCUAAUCAUGGCGGAGGUAUUGUCAAAGAUUUGCUUUUCAAAUCAGUGUUGUUGACAUUGACAUUUCAGAAAAAUGUGAGCGAGCCAGAGGGAGAAACGGAACUACAACUAAAACCAACGGAAAAUGAUUAAAAAAGGGACUUGUUUCUCUGACCACUCUGGACAUGAACGCAUCACUGAAUUAAAUCACAUUUUCAGUCCAGCACUUCUUGUGACCUGCUGGCUGUCAUUUAGAAUAUUAAGUGUCAGUUUGGGUGAAGAGUGAAGGGUUUGUACGACAGGAUGCAUUUGAAAUUUGUACUGAAGGAUCGAACCACGGGAUGGCUCUCAGUCUGCUAUGGAUGCCUUGUGCAGCGUCUUCUGUACGGCUCGGAAGUAACGUCUACUUGAAGUUUAAAAAAUAACAAAAAAACGUCUUGCCUUUAUUCUUAUUUCUUCAACGUCUUUCUCUCUUUUUGUUUUUGUUUAAAGUUUCUAUUUUAUAACUUAUUUAUAUCUUAAUGAAGGAGAAUCCAUACUUUAUUCCGACUUCCAAAGAAUUUUGCACUUAGUAUUUUUGUUCUUUAUUUUAUAUAUAUAUAUAUAUAUAUAUAUAUAUAUAUAUAUAUACACAUGUAGAUAUUGUUUUAAUUGAGAGGCUUAUGCAUAAUGAACAACAUCACUACUGUUAAUGGAGGUUUUUUUGUCUGGCAAUGUGAAGAUGACGAGAACACUGAUCAUGAUUCCCUCUCUCUGUCCGUAGCUUCAUGUCUCUCUGUGUUGCAGUCUCUUGUACUUUUUUUUCUAAAGUGGGUAUUUGGUUCUAUUUUUAUUAUUUCCGGUUUUUUUUGGAUAUGCUCGAAGAGUCAAUAACUGUAUCAUACACUGAACUGAAGAGGACCAUACUCUUAUGUAUAUUUGAAAUUGGUGUCAUGGUGUAAUAAAAGACGAGCGGUGAGUUGAAUUUAAA